CUGAUCAGGCCGUCGUCGGGUGUCGAGCUGAGAAGAGUCACCUUCCCUCUAGUCUAUCCUUUAUCAUUUGCUUCCCUAUUAGCUUCAUUCCUGGUGAUCAAGCCAUUGAUUCGCCUCUAUUCCUGUUUCACUCACUCUCACCAAAGUACGCUUCAGGGGUGGCGCUCUGCCAAGGCACCCUUCCUUGAAGCUGCAGCCGCGCUGUGCUGUCCCCUCCACCUCUCUGUCUAGCGCUCUCUCCGAUUCAUCUGGAGAGCAAUCUAUCUAUACUUACCUCUGCUGAGAUGCUAAAUCACGUUUUUCAGUAUGACAGAAACAAAAAUGCAGUUGGAAGACUGGCUGGAUGAUUUAUGUGUCCGCUUCAUCAUCAACCUACCACGUGAGGAACUUGAAUCCGUUGAACGUAUCUGUUUCCAAGUCGAAGAGGCACAAUGGUUCUACGAGGACUUCAUCCGGCCGCUCGAUCCGGCUCUUCCGUCGUUAUCCUUGAAAGCAUUCGCCUUGCGCAUCUUUCAGCACUGUCCUUUGAUGUCGCAAUGGUCGCACUAUCACCACAUCACCGCCUUCUCUGAGUUCUUGGCUUAUAAAACCCGUGUACCCGUUCGCGGAGCCAUCAUGCUGAACCAGGACAUGGACGAGGUGGUCCUAGUCAAAGGCUGGAAGAAAGGUGCUAACUGGAGUUUUCCGAGAGGCAAAAUCAACAAGGGUGAGAAAGACAUCGAUUGUGCAAUCCGUGAAGUCUACGAGGAGACAGGCUAUGAUAUACGCGAGGCGGGGCUCGUUCCGGAAGAGAAGGACGCCAAAUACAUCGAGAUCACCAUGAGAGAACAGCACAUGAGGCUGUACGUCUUCCGCGGAGUGCCACAGGAUGCCCACUUCGAGCCUCGUACUCGGAAAGAGAUCAGCAAGAUCGAGUGGUACAAGCUAUCGGAGUUGCCGACACUCAAGAAGAGCAAGCAGCAGGAGCAGGGGCUGGUUGUGGCUAAUGCAAACAAGUUCUACAUGGUCGCCCCUUUCAUGCACCCGCUGAAGAAAUGGAUUGCUCAGCAGAAGAAAGCUGAGAUUAAGUCGCACCCCGGAACCAGGCACCUUGUGCAGACUGAGGGAGAGCUGUCGAUGGAUGAGGCACCCCAGGCUGUCAAUGGCUUCACGCCUAGCCAGCUUCCCGCCCAGCUGGCCACCCCGAGCGAUUUGCCGGAACUCGCAUCAUCUCACGAUGCUUCGUCUAAUCUCAAGCGCCUUCUGAACAUCAACGGCCUUGUUCCUGUCCAGGAUAAUCCUGCGAAUGCAGCCGCCCCUGCAGAUAACAGGACUAUCACUUCGAAGUCCAAUGCCUUGUUAGAACUCCUCAGGAGUGGCUCGUCGCAAGAUGCUCUUCCGCAUGCCUCUGGACCCGACAAGGCAUUGCCGCCACUCGCUAUUCCAGAUGGUCUGCCACCAAUGGGACCCCCUUACCCUGACACGGCCUCUUUCCCUGGAUUCCCUCAGCAAGCUCAACAUUUGCGAGGCCCUGUGCCCAUGAAUCCUGUGCAAUUCCCGCAGACUCCAGUAUCUCGUGCACCGGUCUUGAACAUUGGUGUACCACCGCUUGCUCGACCAGCUCAUGUGGGUCAUGCAGGUGCACCACCUAGUCAUCAUGGAAUGCCGCCGCUGUUUGAGCAGAUGCUCUCGAAUCCUCCAAGGUACGAUCCUGUGCAAGCAAGCUUGCCCACGGCGCCGCAACCUGGCCCGGCUCCGUACCAACGAACGGGAGAUCCCCAAUUCUCUCAUUCAGCCCAUGCGCCAAAUAUCCAGGGAGCGACUGUGCCUCCUGCAAGCAAGCUUCCACCGCCAAAGCUUACGACCCACUCUCUUGCCUUGUUGAACGUGUUCAAAGACGACUCUCGCAGGACGCCCAAAACAUCUAAUGCGAGCCUAGUCCCACCUGCGGAGAAGGUUGCGCAUCCUGGCAGGCGGCCCUCGCAGCACCAGGAUCAACUCCUAGGUUUGCUGAGAGGGUCUUCUGUCCCUCCAACCCCGGGGCCAGCGGAAUUGCCAGCCCAAUCUGUCUCUCCGCCCAGGAAACAGAUUCUGCAACGACCACGUGGGGAGCACAGCCCCGCCCGGCAUCCGGCAGCUCAUCGGAGAGUCCCAUCGGCCACGAAAGACCUGCGGCAGUCUUCCGCAGUGCCCAGUCCUUUGUCAGGUAUGCCUCAGCCUAUGGCAUCUUCCAAGCCCCCCCCUAAACGAGGAGUCAAUGGAUCGAAUCGCCGAAACAAGAAACUCGAGCAGGCGCAAACGCUCGCGUCGCCUAUUACGAUAUUGCCCAGGCCACAAUCUGCAAAGAAGGAACCGGGCUCGCUGCCGGCAUCCUCACAGUCAUCCCGGGCUCCUUCGCGCAACCGUGCGGCAAAGUCAGGCACUGCGGAGUCGGCGAAACCAUUCCAGCCUCAAAUUCUCCGCCGCUCCGAUAACCCGAACAUUGUGGAUCUGUUGCCCUUGAAAGCUCAGGUGAACGAGCAAGACCAGCAGCAAGCCGGCACUCAGCCUGCCAUUCCCAGGCGGGAGUCGCAGCCUCAAGUGAACUUUGACCGCCGUCCAAGUCAGACGCCUGCCCAACGAGAAGCCUUGCUGUCCCUCUUCGGGAAAGCACCUGCGUCACCAGGAGUUUCACCUGCCGAGCUUAGCACAUCAGCACCCAAGACCGCGGGUGCCUCUGGUGUCGUUAGCCCACUCACGCCAUUGAACAUUACUGCCGCGUCCCCUCCCUCACGCACCGUGUGCGCGCGCUGCAUCAGCCGCGGCCGACACUUCUCCACGACCGUCCAUCAAAGUGCUCAACCGCGCCGCGACCAUGGGACUCCCGCUCCCCCGCCGGAAGCCGGCUAUACUCGACUCACGAACAGAGGCCUCAUCUCCGUGACGGGGCCCGACAGCACCUCAUACCUGCAGGGCCUGGUCACCCAGAACAUGGUCAAACAGAGCGCCGAGGGCAAGGGCUCGUACGUCGCAUUCCUCAACUCGCAAGGCCGCAUCCUGAACGACGCCUUCAUCUACCCGGCUCCCGAGACCACCGGAUCCUCCUCCGCCGACCCGGGCUGGCUCAUCGAAGCGGACGCCGCCGAGCUCCCCGCGCUCUUGAAGCACCUCAAACGCCACAAACUCCGCGCCAAGCUGCAGCUGCGCGCACUCGACCCCACCGAACGCACCGUCUGGGCCUCGUGGAAGAGCCACAACAUUCAGCACGGCGACGGCCGCUGGGCCGCACACAGCAUGGGCGGUUCGGCCUCCGAGGAGGAGGGAGGAGCCGGAUGGGGCGCUGCGGGCGCCAAUAUCACAGGCUGCGUGGACACCCGAGCCCCGGGAUUCGGGCUGCGACUCGUCACGCCGGGCGACGCGGACCUGCGCACGCAUCUCGCGCGCCAGCUCGAGGAGGCGGACGCCCAAGAAGCCAGCCUGAGGUCCUACACGGUGCGGCGCAUGCUGCGCGGCGUCGCCGAGGGCCAGACGGAGAUCCUGCGGGCCGCCUCGCUGCCCCUCGAAUGCAAUAUGGACCUGGCCCAGGCCAUCGAUUUCCGGAAGGGCUGCUACGUCGGCCAGGAGCUGACCAUCCGCACCCGCCACACCGGGGUGGUGCGCAAGCGGAUCCUGCCGGUGCAGUUGUAUGCCGAUAGCUUACCGUCGGGAGUCACGGGGGGCCCGGUUUAUGAUCCCGCGGUGGACGAGGGGCUGCUGGCGCCCCCCGCCGGCGUGCAGGGUUUGGAUAUCUCCAGGGUCGGCCCGUCGAAGGGCCGCAGCGCUGGGAAGUUCCUGGCUAGCGUGGGGAAUGUCGGACUGGCGCUGUGUCGGUUGGAGAUGAUGACGGAUGUUGCUCUCUCGGCGGACGGGGCCGCGCAGUUUACCCCGGAUCGGGAGUUCAAAAUUAGCUGGGAUGCGGCGGCGGUGGAGGGGGGUGGGUUAGAGGGGGCGGAGGGGGACAAGAUUCGGACUGUCAAGGUUAAGGCGUUCGUGCCGCCGUGGACGAGGGAGUAUAUCGCUUCCGGCACGCAGCAGGCUCGUGCUCGGGAUCCGAUUCGCGAGGGCCAGAGGGCGAGGGAGCUUGCUGAGCGGUUGGCGGCGGAGGAGGAGGAGGAGGAAGAGGACGCUCGACUGCAUGAGUAGUUCCACUUGUCCGUGGGUUUUAGAUAUACAGUAAGUGGAUGUAUGAUAAAAUGAUCAUGUGUAAUUUAGAUAGAAGGCUACUUCAAGCGGAUCAACUUGUUUGUAAG